AUGAACAAAAAACAAAUCGAAUUGAUUGAGUUUUGGAAUAAAAGUCCAAAACCACCAAUGAAUGUUUUAGUAUCGCAUGAAAAUGAACAACAUAUUUCUGCAUCAUCAUGUACAUCCGAAUCUAUACCAUCAUGUAUACUUGAUGAACCAGUCAAUGAAAUUGUAAUUAUUUCGAGUGAAUCUCCGUGUUCAUCAUCAAAUAUUCUUGAUAAUCAUGAUAUGUCUUUUUCAAUUCAACAAGAAAAUUCUAACAAGUCACAGUUAAACAAAAAAUCAAGUACUAUUGUUCGUCGUAAAUAUCUUUCUGCUUGGGAAAAGCAACCGGAUGCUAUGUAUAAAACUUAUGUAUUCGAUCAACUCGGUGAACGACGAGAAAAUUUUUUAUCGUGGUUGUAUUUCAAGGACAAUGCAAUGCGAUGUUCUCUAUGUGAAAAACAUGGCAAAGAAAAUAUUUGGUGUACUGUAGGAAAUCAAAUAUUUCAACUUUAUAAAAUAAAAGAACACAAGCAUAAAAGUGAGGUUCACCGUCAUGCUGAAGAAACCGAAUUAAAAAUUUCAGCUCGAACGCAACCAACAUGGAUUGAAACACGAGCAAAACAGAUCUCAAAACAAGAGCAAGCAGUUCAAAAUUUAAUUCUUGCUUCAAUUCAUAUUUGUCGUCAAUAUCAAUCAUUAAAUAGUUUAGAACAAUUGUGCGUAUUACUUGAAAAAUUAGGUGUUCAAUUAUUACCAUCUCAAAUAUCUGGAGUAAAUUACAGAAAUAACGAUGUAGCUUUAUCUUUUCUUCAACAUGUUGCAUAUUAUUUGCAUGAGGAACUGAUCGAAAAAAUAAAAAGUAGCCCCGCAAUUGGAUGGAUGAUGGAUGAAUCGACAUCACGGACGGUGGAAAAAAGUUGCAUCGUCUAUGUUCGGUAUCUCGAAAAUUAUCAUCCAAAAACAGCAUAUUAUACUUUGCUGGAUAUGGAAGGUGAUGGAACAGCUGCAAACAUAGUUGAAACAAUUAGUAGUGUGUGGAGAAAAGAUGAUUUAGAUCCGGUGAAUUCAUGUUGGUUUGCAUGUGAUAAUGCGUCGACGUUUACAGGAAUUAACGAAGGUGUAGUAGCGAAACUACGACGUCAUUUCCAAAUAGAUUGGCUUGAAACUAAUACCUGUGCUGCACAUUCAUUUUGUUUGGUUGGUAAUCGAGCAUCGUGGACAAUUGAUCUUAAAAGUGGUAAACCAGUUAUCAUUGCAGCUGUUUCAAAAUUAGAAACAACUAUUGGAAAAAUUUAUAAUUAUUUUGGAAGAAGUUCAACUCGUCAACAAAUGUUAAAAGAAUGGCAGAAUUUUUUAGAUAUGCCUGAAUUGAAAUUUAAACGUAUUUAUGAUAUUCGUUGGUCUUCUAUUAGAGGUAAUCAAGCAUUACUAGCAGCCCUCCAACAGAAUGCAUCUGAUCCAGUUUCCUCAAAUGGUGAUCGUGGUUCAGCAAAAGAAUUAUUUCAGUAUGUAUUGAAUGAUGAAUUUCUAUUUCUUCUCCAUUUCCAUUACGAUCUCCACGAGUGUGCUCUUGGACCAAUCACAAAGUUAAUGCAAUUCGACAAGUUGUCAUACUAUAGUCUUAUGAAAGAAAUCAAAGAAAAAAAAAAUUUAAUAUCACAAUGGAUAUCUAAAUCAACACCAACAUGGGGACCAGCAUUGGCUGAUUAUAUUAAAACAACAGAAAAAAGAAAAUAUGGUGCAUUUAAAAUUGAUUUAUCCGAUCGACAAGAAUUGGCUAAAGAAUGUUCUGCACAUAUAGAACGUUUGCUCAUAGAAUUAGAUAAACGAUUUGCUCCAUCACGUUUACUAGAAAGUAUGACCAUUCUAUUUGAUCCAAUAUACCUGAUUGAGCACAAGAAAGAUGUUGAUUCUCCAGAUUAUGGACGACCAGAAUUAGAUUUUAUUCGAAAUAAGUAUAAAGAUUUUCCUGGACUUGAUACAGAUGCUGUUCGAAGUGAAUGGGAAACAUUGAAACCAUCAUUGUGUGAAUUUUUGGAUAGUCCCUCAUCAAUUGAUUUAAAGGAAACAUUUUGGCAACAAUUUUUAUUAUUAAAACAAGCAAUAAAUAGCCGAUUCCUCGAGGAGAACAAAAAUUUGCUUGCUUUACUGAGUCGACUACCUCAAACCUCAUCAAUACGAAUAGCAGCAACGGACAAUGAACAAUGUCAAACACCUUUGAAGCUACAAGGUUGGCUGUAUGUUCAUCUCUAUCGUGGUUUGAGUAACACUGCAGAUCGAUCUGUAAAACUUUUAAGGAAAGGUGAUACAAAUGAGGCAAUAAAGUUUUGGGAAAGGGCACUUCUUUUCUUUGAAGAGUUGGACAAGCGUCAAAAUAUUUCAGAUAAAAAUAGAGCUGAAUUGAAACAAUUGAAAGCCAAAUACAAAGAGCAUGAAGAACAAAUCAAUCAAAUAAAAUAG